AAGGCUGAAUCCGGCGCCGGGAAGAGUGAGAGUGGGGUUUUCCCGGUGUUGCGGCUCUAUCCUGCAUUCCUCUACUCUGGUCACCUUUGGGAAGAAAUGUCUUCUAUAAAAAGAAGCCCAAAGGAAGAAAUAAUUUCCCAGUUUCACUAUUCAGCAGCAGAAGGAGAUAUUGCCAUGUUAACAGUAAUCCUCAGUCAUUCUCCAUCUCUUCUCAAUGAAACGUCUGAAAAUGGCUGGACUGCUUUAAUGUAUGCUGCAAGAAAUGGGCACCCAGAUGUUGUCCAAUUUCUACUUGAGAAAGGGUGUGACAGAUCCAUUGUCAAUAAAUCAAGGCAGACUGCACUGGAUAUUGCUAAAUUUUGGGGUUAUAAGCAUAUAGCUAAUUUACUAGCUAAUGCUAAAGGUGGGAUGAAGCCUUGGUUCCUAACUAAUGAAGUGGAAGAUUGUGAAAAUUAUUUUAGCAGAACACUAUUAGACCGAAAAAGUGAAAAAAGAAAUAAUUCUGACUGGCUACUAGCUAAAGAAAGCCAUCCAGCCACAGUUUAUAUCCUUUUCUCAGACUUAAAUCCCUUGGUUACUCUAGGUGGCAAUAAAGAAAGUUUCCAACAGCCAGAAGUCAGGCUUUGUCAGCUGAACUACACAGAUAUAAAAUAUUAUUUGGGUCAGCGUGAAAAGAUCACCUUGAUUUUUCUUGGAGUAGAACUUGAAAUGAAAAAAGAAUCAUUUAAUUAUGCUGGAGAAGUCCCAAGAGAAGAAGAAGAUGGGUUGGUUGCCUGGUUUGCUCUAGGUAUAGAUCCUGUUGCUGCCGAAGAAUUUAAGCAAAGACAUGAAAAUUGUUAUUUUCUUCAUCCUCCAAUGCCAGCUCUUCUGCAAUUGAAAGAAAAAGAAGCUGGGGUUGUAGCCCAAGCAAGAUCUGUUCUUGCCUGGCACAGUCGAUAUAAGUUCUGCCCAACCUGUGGAAGUGCAACUAAAAUUGAAGAAGGUGGCUACAAAAGAGUCUGCUUAAAAGAAGACUGCCCUAGCCUCCAUGGUGUUCACAAUACAUCAUAUCCAAGAGUUGAUCCAGUAGUAAUCAUGCAAGUUAUUCAUCCAGAUGGGACCAAAUGUCUUUUAGGCAGGCAGAAAAGAUUUCCCCCAGGAAUGUUUACUUGCCUUGCUGGAUUUAUUGAACCUGGAGAAACAAUAGAAGAUGCUGUUCGGAGAGAAGUAGAAGAGGAAAGUGGAAUCAAAGUUGGCCAUGUUCAGUAUGUCUCUUGUCAGCCAUGGCCAAUGCCCUCCUCCUUAAUGAUUGGUUGCUUAGCUGUGGCAGUGUCUACAGAAAUUAAAGUUGACAAGAAUGAAAUAGAGGAUGCCCGCUGGUUCACUAGAGAACAGGUUGUGGAUGUUCUGACCAAAGGGAAGCAGCAGGCAUUCUUUGUGCCUCCAAGCCGAGCUAUUGCCCAUCAGUUAAUCAAACACUGGAUUGGAAUGAACCCCAAUCUCUAAAUCAAAUAACUAGAUUUUGAGUAUUAAUUGAUUUCUAAUAACUUAUUCCUCAAGUGAGAUUAGAAAUAUUUAGUGCUCUUUGGAAUGUCACAACACAGUAUUGGGUUUCCGAAAUAUUUUCAACACAUACUUUUCCAUCUUAACCAUAGAAUCUGUGUUUUUGUAAGUUACAACACUGCUUCAGAUUUUGUUAAAUCCAAGUCAGCCUCUCCAAAUAUUUUUUUGGUUGUGCUCCACAACUGAAAUACGGUUUUGUGGAGCAAAACCAUAUUUCUGUUACGAAAAAUCAUGUUAUAAAGAUGGAUACUCUAAAAUGUAAACAAACCUAAAUUCCAGUGC